AUGAGACUUAGGGCUUCCAAAUUGGUGCCAAAUUCAUCUAUUGCCGAAGCUACGCUUCAUAAUCCACUUCCUUUAAUAUAUAGACCAUACGCACAAUCUGUGGAAGAGGCCAGUUUGAUUCGAUUAAUUCCUGUGGCAAAUGGUGGUGCUUCCGAGAUAUGUACAAUUCAACGUGCAUUUUAUGAUGGGGAUGAAGAAAUUUCUUUCUUAUUUCAACGCCGACGCUUUAUAUAUAACUUUGAAACCGGAACUUUUAAUCCUCCAAGCUUCACUAUCGAUUCACCUCAAAAGAUUUCAUUUUACCAACAGUCUGUUGGUUUAACAGGAGAUUUAGAGAAUUUGGAACGCCAAUACGGAGAGAAUAAGUUUGACAUCCCCAUACCAACGUUUCUUGAACUUUGGAAAGAACAUGUAGUUGCACCUUUUUUUGUUUUCCAAAUGUUUUGUGUUGCUCUUUGGUUAUUGGAUGAAAUGUGGUACUACCCUUUGUUUACUCUUUUCAUGCUUCUUGCUUUUGAAUCCACUGUUGUAUGGCAACGCCAAACCACUCUUCGAGAAUUUCGCGGAAUGAGCAUAACACCGUACAAAAUUUGGGCCUACAGGGCUAAAGAAUGGAUUGAAAUAGAUUCGGAUGAGUUACUCCCUGGUGAUUUAAUUUCUGUCACACGCUCCAAAGAGGAAUCUGGGCUUCCCUGCGAUCUAAUUUUGGUCAAUGGUACAACUAUCGUCAAUGAGGCCAUGCUUUCUGGUGAAUCAACUCCUUUACUUAAGGAGUCUAUUUCACUGAGGCCUGGCGAUGAAUUUAUUGAUGUUGAAGGUCUUGAUAAAAAUUCAAUCCUUCAUGGUGGUACUAAGGCUCUUCAAGUUACACCUCCUAUCAAUCCUCAUGUUCCUUUACCACCUGACAAUGGCGCUUUAGCAAUUGUCACGAAAAUUGGAUUUGAAACCAGCCAAGGCAGUCUUGUUCGUGUCAUGAUAUUUUCAACAGAACGCGUUGGUGCUGGAAAUAAGGAAGCUUACUUUUUUAUCCUUUUUCUUUUAAAUUUUGCUAUUGCUGCAAGUUGGUAUGUUUGGAAAGAAGGUGUUAAGUCUAAUCGAAAGAGAUCGAAACUUAUUCUUGACUGUAUUCUUAUUAUUACUUCUGUCGUUCCGCCUGAGCUUCCAAUGGAGUUAACUCUUGCCGUCAACUCUUCUCUUGCAUCGUUGUCCAAGUUUUACAUUUACUGUACUGAACCAUUCAGAAUCCCUUUCGCUGGUAGAAUUGAUGUUUGCUGUUUUGAUAAAACAGGAACUUUGACCGGAGAAGAUUUAGUGGUUGAGGGUAUUGCUGGGAUUGCUGCUAAUCCAACAGUUCUUUCUUCUGUUUCUGAAAUAUCUCGUGAAACAAGCCUUGUUCUUGCCGCUGCUCAUGCUUUAGUAUUACUUGAUGACGGUGAGACUGUUGGUGACCCUAUGGAAAAAAACACUUUAAAAGCAAUUAAAUGGAUCGUUGCCAAAAAUGAUAUUGUUCAAAAUAAGGAAAUUCCAUCUCAAAAAUUGACUAUUCUCAGACGAUUUCAGUUUUCUUCUGCUUUAAAAAGAUCUUCGAGCAUUGCAAAUGUCGAAGGAAAAACAUUAAUUGCUGUCAAAGGUGCACCUGAAACUCUUCGUGGAAUGAUUGACACUCUUCCUAAAGAGUACGAAACUACAUUUAAAAGUUUCACAAGAAGUGGUAGUCGUGUUUUGGCAUUAGGAUACAAAUAUUUGGAAAAUAACAUCUCUCCUAGCAGGCUUAACAAAAUUACACGAGAAGAAGUUGAAUCUCAUUUAAUUUUUGCAGGGUUCCUUGUUUUCCACACGCCUCUUAAAGAGGAUGCUGUUGAAACUGUUAAAAUGCUGAAUGAAUCAAGUCACCGUGUUGUGAUGAUUACUGGAGAUAACCCUCUUACUGCAGUUCAUGUUGCGAAAGAGGUUGGUAUUGUUGAGCGUGAAACAUUAAUACUCGACUUACCUGAAGUUAAUCACGGUGACCAUGAACUUGUUUGGAGAAGCGUUGAUGAAUCUACUAUUAUUCCUGUAAAACCAUCAGAUCCUUUAAAUCUUUCUAUUUUUGAAGAUUUUGACUUGUGUGUUACUGGUUAUGCCUUGGCAAAGCUUAGUAAUCAUCAACAUAUUGUUGAUUUGGUCAAACAUACUUGGAUUUAUGCCCGUGUUUCUCCAUUGCAGAAAGAGUUCAUUUUGAAGGUUCUUAAAGAAGCUGGCUAUAUGACUCUAAUGUGUGGUGAUGGAACAAAUGAUGUUGGUGCUUUAAAACAAGCACAUGUUGGUGUUGCUCUUCUUAACGGAACUACAGGGGGUAUGAACAAAAUGGCUGAUGAUAGAAAAAUUGAAGCAACUAAGCAAGUUUAUGAGAAACAAGUUGCUCUUAUGAAAAGAUGGGGCAGUACUAAAAUUCCUCCUGUUCCACCCGCGAUUGCGCAUUUGUAUCCUCCUGGACCUAAUAAUCCUCAUUAUCGUAAAGCUGUUGAAGAAAAGGGUGGUGUUCUAGACGAGAAAACCAUUCAAGAAAUUGAAAAAUACACUAACACAGAUGAGGCUCCACAACAAGCUGCUGCUUUUGCUGAUAAAUUAACUUCAAUUAUUGAAGAAAAUGAAGACGAAGCACCUAAACUGAAACUUGGUGAUGCAUCUGUGGCUGCCCCAUUUACAUCAAAACUUGCUGAUGUCUCAGCUAUUACAAAGAUUAUCAGACAAGGACGAUGUACUCUAGUAGCUACAAUUCAGAUGUAUAAAAUUCUUGCUUUGAAUUGUUUGAUUUCUGCUUACUCUCUUUCUGUUCUUUAUCUGGCCGGAAUUAAGAUUGGGGAUGCCCAAGCCACUGCUUCUGGCCUGCUUUUAUCUGUGUGUUUCAUGUCAAUAUCCCGUUCACGUGCAAUUGAAAAACUUUCCAAACAACGUCCACAGCCUGGAAUAUUUAAUAUUUACAUCAUGGGGUCCAUUUUAGGACAAUUUGCUGUUCAUAUUGCUACGCUAGUGUUUAUUACCAAUCGUGUUUAUGAAAUUGAACCAAGACAAAAUGAUAUUGAUCUAGAAGCUGAAUUUAAGCCGUCUUUGUUGAAUACUGCCAUUUAUUUGCUGCAACUUGGUCAACAAGUUUCUACUUUUGCAGUUAAUUACCAAGGCAGACCGUUUAGAGAAAGUCUCAGGGAAAACAGGGGAAUGUAUUACGGGCUUUUAGGUGUUGGUGCUCUUGCUCUUUCUGGAUCUACGGAGUUUAUUCCUGAAUUAAACGAGGUUUUAAAACUGGUACCAAUGACAGAUAAGUUUAGAUUUCAGCUUACUGGUAGUAUUUUACUAGAUUUAGGCGCUUGCUGGUUGAUUGAAUUGACGUUGAAAUUCUUUUUUAUGGACUAUAAACCAGCAGAUAUUGCUCUUAGACUAGAUGAACGAAAGGGCCAUCUUUUGUUAAAGAAAGAAAAAUAA